AUGCUUGGUCACUCUCCAUGUCUGCCUUGCAUGGCUGACAAGCACUGGUGUUCCGAGCUCAGGGAGGUGGAGCUUUGGGAGAACGAGAGGUGGGCUGGCCGGCACAAGGACGCCAGCUGGAGCAAAGACAACUGGCAGCCAGACAAGCAAAAGGCAUGGACCCGGGGCAGGGACAGCUGGAGCAGUGUGUCCAACAACGGGAGCGAGAAUGUCAGCAGCAAUCUGACGUUCUCACUGUUGCCCAGGUGGCUGUUCGUCGAGAUGGAAGACUGGCGGCCAGACUCGGAGGCGUUCUGGAUAGAGUGCAAACACGCAGACCAAGACGGGUGGGUCUACACAGACAAUGUGUGGAUGCACCCCAGCUCUGCAUUCAGGGACAGCUGGAAACAGUCUAGCAGCAUGACUCGGAGGCAGCAGUAG